AUGGCGGAGUUCUCUCUUGGGUUGACCAAGACGGCGGUGGAGGGGACGUUGAGCUUGGUCAAGUCGGCAGUGGAGGACGAGAAGAAGCUCAGGGAGAAGGUACAGAACGACCUGGUGUUUAUCUCCGGCGAGUUCGAGAUGAUGCAGUCCUUCCUCCGCGUCGCCAACAGCAACAAGAAUGACGACCAGGUGGUGCUGACCUGGGUGAGGCAGCUCCGCAACCUGCCCUUCGACUUCGAGGACUGUGUCGAGAACGUCGUCCACCUUGACCUUGACAAGUCCUUGCACUGGGGGUGGCUGCGGCAUUUGUGGCAAAUGGUAAACUGCCGCGCGCCACCGCUGCCCCUGGAUGCCGCGGUGGCCGAGAUAAAGCAGCUCAAGGACAGGGUCGAGUAUGUAAGCCAGAGAAGUACACGCUACAACCUCCACGACUCCAACAACAACAACAAUAAGCAGCAGCCUGCAGUCACUGCUGUCAUGCCGCCGCUGGCAGAGCAGCCGCCGGAUGCCACCACCUAUCCAUCCUCAGCGUCGGCGUUCCACAUCCUAGGUGAUGCGUGGAAGGAUACUGGCAAGUGGCGCGGGAACACGUGCAACCUCCAAGAGCUGAUCACCAGCGUAGAUGAUGGCCCUCAAGUUAUCUCAGUAUGGGGAAGUACAGUAGGUGAUGAUCUUAGCACUGCAUCCAUCCUUACCGAGGCCUAUUGGGACCCAAAAAUCUGUGAAAAUUUCAAAAGCCGCGCCUGGGUGAAGUUGAUGCAUCCCUUCAAUCAGGAUGAGUUUGCCAAGAGCUUGCUGGCUCAAUUCUAUGCGAGCUCCUCUCACCAAGCAAAUGCUGGUGUGGAUUUCUGGACAAGGAUGAAACCAGAGGUUACGGAAGAAGACAAACUACCUAAACUCAUGCAGAAAAUGAGUGAGCAAAGGUAUCUCGUUGUCUUGGAAAAUGUAGUGGCGGUGGCACAGUGGAAUGUGAUCAGAAUGUACCUGCCGGACAGUAAGAACGGUAGCCGGAUAGUCAUGUCGACGCCACAGUUAGGGAUUGCCCUUCUGUGCGCAGGGGAGCCAUACCAAGUAUCGGAGCUCACAAAGUUCCAUGGUAAUAACCAAUUCCUUUCUGCCUUCUUCAAAAACAAUGUCCUUUUUAAGACACUAUACCCAGAGUUGAGGGCCUCACAAGCGGUUGAGGGCCUCACAAGCUAG